GAAACUGAAGCCAAGAACCUGAAUCCUGGGUUGAUAGCAGAGAAAGGAAGAAAGACAUGGGAGCAUAUUGCAACGGCGACGUUUCGUUGCCACAAUCAUACGACGUCGCUUCAUCUCGAGAUCUCAGACUCUGCAAGCACGUUCACGAUAAUGUUCAUGGCAACAUUUAUCUCGAUCCCCUCAGUUUGAAGUUCAUAGACACUGAGCAGUUUCAGAGGCUUCGCGAGUUGAAGCAACUCGGUUUUACGCACAUGGUUUAUCCAGGUGCUGUGCAUUCCAGAUUUGAGCAUUCUCUUGGCGUGUAUUGGCUUGCUGGUCAAUCUAUAGACAAGCUUAAAAGUUAUCAGGGCAUGGAGCUUGGUAUUGAUAGAUUUGAUAUUCAAACAGUGAAACUUGCAGGACUUAUGCAUGAUGUGGGACAUGGCCCUUUCAGUCACUUGUUUGAACGGGAGUUCCUUCCCCAAGUUAUCAGUGGUUCUCAUUGGUCACAUGAACAAAUGUCAGUGAAUAUGGUCGAUUAUAUAGUUGAUGAACACUGUAUUGAUGUUGAUCCCCAAAUGAUAAGAAGAGUCAAGGAGAUGAUAUUAGCAAGCUCUGAAUCUGCUCUUCCAAGGAGCUCAAGUGAGAAAAGUUUCUUGUAUGAUAUUGUUGCAAAUGGCCGAAAUGGAAUUGAUGUUGACAAAUUUGACUAUAUUAGCCGUGACUGUCGAGCUUGUGGUCUGGGUUGCAACUUUGAAUUUCAAAGGUUAUUAGAGACAAUGCGAGUUGUGGAUGAUGAGAUUUGUUAUCGUUCUAAGGACUAUCUUACCAUCCACAAGUUGUUUGCUACUCGUGCUGAUCUGUAUAGAACAGUUUAUACACACCCAAAAGUGAAGGCAAUAGAGCUUAUGGUGGUUGAUGCACUUGUUCAUGCUAAUAAUUAUUUGGAGAUUUCAUCUCACAUACAUAAUCCUUCUGAGUACUGGAAGCUGGAUGACACGAUAGUUAAAACCAUUGAGACAGCUCCAAGUCAAGAACUAAAGGAGGCCAGGGAGUUGAUUCUGCGCAUUCGAAGGAGGAAUUUGUACCAGUUCUGUAAUGAAUAUGCUGUACCAAAGAAUAUGCUGGACAAUUUUAAGAAAGUCACUGCGCAAGAUAUUGUUUGUUCUCAGAAGAGUGGUGGAGUUACACUGAAAGAGGAGGAUGUAGCUAUUUGUAAUGUCAAAAUUGAUUUGACUCGUGGAAAGCAUAACCCUCUGGAAAGCAUCAACUUUUUCAAGGAUUAUGAAAGUGACGAGAAAUUUACAAUACCUGAUGAUCGCAUAAGCCACUUGCUGCCUACAUCUUAUCAAGACAUGAUAGUUAGGGUGUACUCCAAAAAGCCAGAACUGGUGGAGGCAAUUUCAGAUGCUUUUGAAAAUUUUCAGUUAAAAACAUAUGGGAUCAAAGCACAGGUACAUUCAACGCCAGAGAAAAAGAAGCGUCGAUACAAUUCAUGUAUAUGAGGGCACUAUUAUAUCAAUAUUACUAAUAAUUUUCACCUUUCUUUUUCCCUCCUCCCUGGUGCUCUUCUUUUCCUUCUUUUAUAAGUAUAGAAAUAUAAAAUAAUUUCCACAAUUGAAACAUAGUCCUAGUCAACAGCAGCUGUCUUUGUUUGCAAGAGAGUAUUAUUUCCACACCUCAAUGAAUGGUACACUCUCUGAAGGCUGUAUUUGAGUUUAUCAUAUCCAAGAAUCAAUCACAUGUACAGCAAUGGUUUAGUGUAACAGUUUCAUUUAGCUGUAAUUGUCUGUGGCAGCAAACAUUUCUUGUCACUGCUAGUUGGCAGUUCAACUUGCAAAUGUUCCCAAAUUUCAUGUUCCUGAAAAAUUGGUCCAGUUUUCAUGGAUAAGAAUGAUAUGCCAAAAGUCUGGUUAGUU